AUUAAAUUAAAAAAAUUACACAAAAAUGAGUGAAUUUGACCGAACCGAGCAGCUUCGUCGCUCAAUCCGACGACCAAAAAAAGCACCAGCACCACAACCACCAGUCAUACCUUCCAUUCCUCUCUCUACAUCAACCCCAAAAUCACCAAUCAUCACAAAAUCACUAUUUACAUCCCGUCUUCCAUCAGCGAAGCCAGUGCCGCCCCCAACAACAACAUCAGAGGAUGUCUCGUCAAUUAUUAAGCGACUUUUAAUCACAAAACGAGAUUUUGUAGCACCAAACAGCAAUGACGUACGUCCAACGACUGUUCAUACAUCACCGAUAUCGUCACCGACAGCAACAACCACAAUUUCACCGCGCGUUGUCUCGCAUGUGCCAAAAACCACAUCAAAUAAUGAUGACGACUCACAAAGUGCAUUGCUAGCCAUUCAAAAGCAUAUCAAUGCAAUUGAGUUUAAUCAGAAAGUGCACGCGAUUGAGCAAGAGCAACAGCCACAAAUUCCAAUCAUUCCAGUGCGUAAGACUCGAUAUGAUGAAAUGGAGUCACUGCUAAAUACGGGAAUCAGUGAUUUGGCAACAAACCAGCAUGAUACGGACGAUGAAGGUGACAGUGGAAUUCAAUUUCAGCGUGGUGGGACGACUAGAAGUUCAGUUCAAGGUGUGCCGAGUCAAAAUAGUGAUACGAAAAAGCUUAAAAUGCCUAGACCAGCUGCACGGACAGCUAGUGAUACUAAGCAGCAUGAAAUGUUGAGGAAUUUAUUUAAAAAUGUAGGAGGAAAGAAAACGGAAGUUGAGGAUCCGGCGAAGAAGGCUAAGGGUUCACCAAACAUGCAGAUGCGUGUCACAAACAGUCACAAUCGUUGGCGUCCCGGUGAGGAACAGCAGUCAGGCGGUGCAAAUCACACAAGAUGGCGUCCAGCUGAGGAACAAAUUGGCAAAUAUCGACUGCUCAAGACAAUUGGAAAGGGUAAUUUUGCCAAGGUGAAACUCGCAAAGCACGUGCCGACUGGUAAAGAAGUUGCAAUUAAAAUUAUUGACAAGACACAACUUAAUCCCACCAGUUUGCAAAAGCUCUUCCGGGAGGUUCGCAUUAUGAAGAUGCUCGAUCAUCCCAACAUAGUAAAGCUUUUUCAAGUGAUUCAAACGGACAAGACUUUGUACCUUGUGAUGGAGUACGCAUCCGGUGGCGAAGUCUUUGACUAUCUCGUUAUGCAUGGUCGCAUGAAGGAGAAAGAGGCGCGCGCUAAAUUCAGACAAAUUGUCUCAGCCGUUCAGUAUUUGCAUCAGAAACGCAUUAUUCAUCGUGAUUUAAAGGCAGAGAAUCUACUGCUUGACUCAGAAAUGAAUAUAAAAAUUGCCGAUUUCGGCUUUAGUAAUGAAUUUACACCCGGCAAUAAGCUGGACACAUUCUGUGGAAGCCCUCCAUAUGCAGCACCUGAAUUGUUCCAGGGUAGGAAAUAUGAUGGUCCUGAAGUUGAUGUAUGGUCGCUUGGCGUUAUUCUGUACACACUAGUAAGUGGAUCGCUUCCAUUUGAUGGUACAACGUUACGUGAAUUGCGUGAACGUGUGUUACGUGGCAAGUAUCGUAUACCAUUUUACAUAUCCACCGACUGCGAAAAUUUAUUAAGGAAAUUCCUCGUACUCAAUCCGGCAAAGCGAGCGAGCUUAGAGCAAAUUAUGAAGGAUAAAUGGAUGAACAUGGGCUAUGAAGAUGAUGAGCUGAAGCCAUAUAUAGAGCCACAGCCUGAUCUCAAUGAUCAGAAAAGGAUAGAAUGCUUAGUGGCGUUGGGAUAUAAACGAGAGGACAUAGAAGCGUCAUUAUCACAAACACGAUACGAUGAUGUGCAUGCAACUUAUUUACUAAUUAGUCGUAAAAAUACAGAUCCGGAAUCUGACGGUUCCAGAUCAGGUUCAUCUCUUUCAUUACGUAAUUUGACGGGCGAGGCUGUACCACCAGGUGCAAAUAGUCAAGUGCAAUCGCCAACACAUCGUCGCGUACAUCGCAGUAUUUCAGCAACAAGCACUAAUCCAUCGCGACGUGCGUCGUCUGGAGGUGAGACAUUGAGAACAGGAAAUGCAGUUCCAACUACAAGUAACGCUGCAAAUGGCACAAAUACAGCCACAACAGCAUCAAAUGCUACAUCAUCAGCAGCACCGGAACGAUCAACAAUUAGCAGUAACUUCAAAAGACAAAAUACAAUCGAUGCGGCGACGAUCAAAGAGAAUACAACACGCUUAGCGACACAAAAUCAACGGCCAGUAUCAGCACAACCCAAAACCACCACAGAGUCAUCUACAUCAGCAACGUCGCCAGUCAAGCCACGUGCAACCAUAACGAAAUAUGAUGCAGCAUCAAAUGUAAACAGAACGGUUGGUCCAGCUGGUGGACUUAUUCCACGUCGGUCAACGACUCUUUAUGAAAAGACAUCGUCGUCUGAGAAGACUAAUGUUUCCACUGAUAACACUUCAUUGGCAGCUGAAUUUGGAAGUCGUCCGUCGACGACAAGCGGAACUAAGGGUCAUGUUAAGAGUGCAUCUGUAUCUAGUCCAGGUCCAUCUAGCGAUAACACAACAUCCACACAAACUGACCCUUUACGUCAAAGGCCACAACCGUCGGCAUUUCCCAGAAAUGUUCCCUCGAGAUCGACUUUCCAUUCGGGACAAACAAGGACGCGCAACAGUAGCUCAUCGGGUGCAGCAGGUAGUGACGCAGCCAAAGGAAGCUUCUUGCAGAGAAUUUCAAAUCGCUUUAGUAAACGACCCAUCGAUGGCCAAGCUAACAGUCCAAGCACACCAAUUAGCGGAUCAAAUUCUGAGGAGCCAGUUAAGCCACGUGCGCUGAGAUUCACAUGGUCGAUGAAGACAACAUCACCGAGACUGCCUGACGACAUCAUGGCUGAGAUACGAUCGGUUCUUGAUAAGAAUAAUUGCGAUUAUGAGCAGAGGGAAAGAUUUGUCCUACUCUGCGUCCACGGAGAUCCAAAUACUGACUCACUUGUACAGUGGGAAAUUGAAGUCUGCAAAUUGCCUCGACUGUCGCUUAACGGAGUCCGAUUUAAGCGAAUUUCUGGUACAAGCAUUGGCUUCAAGAACAUUGCUACCGCAACGUCAACAUCUUCGAACAACAACAACAACAAUACUGGUAACAGCAGCGGCAGUAACAAUGGCAACAGCAACAACAAUAACAAUAAUAAUAACAAUAACAUUCCGUCAGCAAAUCACGAGAAAUCAGUCGAUGAGAGCGACGCAUGGAGCUUUGACAGUGGCGAUGAUGUCAUCGAGAUCUCACUCAAUGAAUGUGGAAAGAACAAAAAAGGUGAAUUGGGAAAUCCCAGCAAUAAAAAAGGUCAGUUGGAGAUUCAUUCAAGCAUUUAUUAUCCACAAAUAAACAAGGAAGAAGCAACAGAAAGUGAAUUUGGAUGUAAAGGAAUUCAAGCAAGAUUUAUUCGACGAGUUUAUAUUGUAUUAUUGCUCAGACAGAUCAUCACUUUCGGCUUUGUUACUCUAUUCAUUCAAAAUCCAAGCAUCCAGCUGUACACAGACAGAAAUCCACUUGUAAUUGGAAUAAUCAUCAUCUUUACAGUUGCACUGUUUGGCUUUAUUUUAUUCUCAAAAUCAUCAAUUCGGUCGCAUUCAACAAAUGUCUUUUUGCUGGGAUUUUAUGGUGUUGUGGAGUCAGUUCUGCUGAGCUUUAUUGGAGUUGCUUUUGUGCCUAAAAUUAUGUUCAUGACGGUUAUUGUGAUAAUUUGCGUACUGCUGGUGUUUAUUGUGUUAAGCUUUCAGUCAAAAUAUGAUUUUAGCAAAUUCAGUCAAAUUUCAUGGAUAAUUCCCAUUCUAUUUGCAAUUGAGUUAGCUAUUGGGCUGCUUUUCAUCACGAAUGAGUUCAACAAGUACGUUGCUGCAUGUUUAUUAGCCACUUUGUACAUUAUUUAUGUUGUUUAUUGCACACAAGAGAUGAAAAGUGAUAAAGAUGGAAGCAGAUUAACAGCUAAUGAUUCCGUGUUGACGGCUUUGAACAUUUAAUAAAGUGAGGGGGAAACAACAUGGUGGGUAAAUUUUUUAGGGGGUAUCAGGAGGAUGGGGUUAAACCAUCAUUUUUAUCAAUUUCAAGCAUGAUUUUCUUUAGUCUGGGUCGGUUUUCCACCUCUCAAGGGGAGGGGGGAGGGGCGGGAGGUGUGACUUUAGUAUUAAUUAUCCAGUAGCACUAGAGGAGGUGGGUCGAAAAUGGUCUUUUAAUAAUUUUAAUGAAAACCUCCAAAAUAAAUGAUUUUCCCAUCAAGUUGUGUUUCCCUCAAAGCAGGCGAGCAACCAGGCGGGGAUUUGGGGGACAAAUCCUCCAACGUUAACAGAAAAUUUCUUCAUUUUGCUAGAAGUUUUAUGAAAAAAUCAUCCUUUAAUUAUCAAAAUCUCCUUUAAUUAUCCAUGUAAAAUUUUUUUGUCCCCCCUCUUCAAAUUCCUGGCUACACCCCUGCCUCAAAGUAAUAUUUAAUUAUAACAUCUUUUCACAAAAACAAAGUUCAUUUUUCAAUAAAAAGAGAAAAAUUCUGCAAGAAAAAUAUACGAAAGUCAAACACAAAAUUUUCCAAUAGUAAAAAUGUGUGAAAAAUAUUCUUUUUAAAAUAAAUUUUCUAUUUUUACAACCCAAAAAAUAAAGAAAAUCACGCAUCGAAUUUCUCUUAAUUUUAAUGCUCUCAUGAACAUGCUUAGCAGCAGCUGGUGUCUACUUACUAUUUUGUUUACUAACAUUCCUAUUGUUUAAGGUUGCUUAGUGUCCGUGGAUUGAUUUAAUUAAUUUAUGGUGUCUGUUGAUUGUCUGUAAGGUUAGAUUUGCUGCAGGUGUUCGCAACCUAGGGUAAGUUUUAGUAAAAGCAUGGGUUUUUUCUAAGAUUUCACAUUUUAUGUGGAUGAUAUUGGAGCUAGGCCCUUAUAGUACCCAAUUAG